UUAGUGGGUCUGUGUUGUUACUGGAAUACAGAUUAGUUUUAGGAACUCCCCCUAUAAAUAAAGAUCGUAUUCCCGCUUUAAUCAGCCAAAGUUUCAUUUAUUAUAACACUAAAUAUGGGACCCCACAAUAAGUCCGAAGAUAUUGUUUUGAGGCAAUGGUUGGUCAGGGAUGACUCUCUUUUCCAAGCAUGUGGGUUUUGUCUAGUUGCGGCAUCUGACGAUCAGUCUGUGUUUAUCACUUGGGACAAGUAUUAUUUGCUAAACAUACGCUUUAAGAUGCCGGUGGAUUGCUGCAGGACAAAAAUGACUGCUGUGCGUAUUCCUUUGCCCAAAGGUGAAGGAGGUUAUAUUAGGAGUGUGCAUACUCUGAGGUACAACACGAUUCUGCAUAUGUCGAAUGGAGAGUUAUACAGCUUUACCUCAUUUAAGGCGCUGAAUUUAAUAAAUUGGAUCAGUGAAGUUCGUUGUUUAGCUAUUGUCGACCAAGGAUUCAGCGUCAUUCGAAUAGACAAUCGACGACUGCUGCUGCAGACGUAUAUUGACAUUCCUAAUUUAGAAAAGGACAAGUGUACACUGCAACAUACAUUUGACAUAACUUUCGACCAGCAAAAUAUAUUUCAGUGCGACUGGCAGCAUAAUGAGUACACUCUGACAACUUUAAAAGUUACCGAAAAGGAAGAACAGUUUGUGCGAAGUGUUCUUGGCACAAACACAGUGGAACUAAAUAAUGUUUACAUAUUUAGCAUAGCUGGACAUGUAUUUGCGUUGGCUCAUAAACAAAAAAAAAGAUCAGAAAGUACCGGUCCAGAUUAUAAUAUCGAGCUUCUAUGCAUAUAUGCAGCGCACGUUAAAUUCAUCAAACUGCUGCCAAUCGAGAACCUAUGCUUGGUUUUUCUCAGCUCUGGCAGUGUAGACAUGUGGUACAUGUCUAGACUUCUUUCUAUAAAACAGCGUCAAAUGUAUCACACAGGUUCUGAAUGGCUGGACUACGAUGCAACAAGUGACAAUGGCGAUUUCUAUUACACGGACGGAAACCAACUGGUGCGACUGAGAUUCAAGUACAACGUCCAGCUUGACGAGUGUUUUGUCUACACCUUGGCAAAGCCAGUGUAUGGGAUUUACGGAUGUAGUUGGAUAGACCAAAAAAAAGAAUUGUUUUGCCUGAGCGACAACAACAUACUAUAUUGCAUUCGUUUUGGGAUGUCCGAAAUGAAUGGUCAAACGUUGAAUUUUUCAACGCCAAACCUUACACCCUCAGCUUUUAAGAGAUUGCAGCACAACGCCAAAGCCUUGCAGGUAUAUAAAAAACAGCCCGAUUUUCUAAGGCAAAAAUUACAUAAGGAGUAUAGGCAACAGCAACUCAUUUCUAUGAGUAAAAAUAGCCAGAAAUUAGGUGCGCCUAUUAAAAUAACACUGGAGUACCACCUUCAAGUACCUAGCAUUGUCGAGGAUAAUGUUCUUCUACAGGCAGCGCAGAAUUUUGAUGCUCAGACAAGUUGUAUAUAUGCUGUGCUUAAGGUCAGUCUUAUCGAUAGCCGGCUCCUGUUGCAGAGGACAUUUUGGAAGCUUUUGACGUUUUAUGAAAACCGCAUCAGCGUCCUCCUCUUGCCUACAGAAAUACUUGUUAAUCAAAAAUGUAACGUGGUUGUAGCGUUAAAUAAAAUGAAAAACGAACAUUUGCCUAAUUUUAAAAGUCAGCUUAUGGAACUUGUUGAACUUAAUAACCAAACAUGUGCUGUACUUUUUCACAUACCGGUAGUAAGUUGUGGACAUACAUUUCGUGCUAUUUUUGGUGGAAGAAUAGUUCCUGGGAGAUUUAGUCUGAACAAUAAGUUAUUGCUGCAAAAGAAACCAGAUAUAAAAAAAAUAAGGCAGGCUUGCAGUCUAGGAAGUCAAUUCACUCUUUCUAAUAUAGCGGAUAUAUUUUGCAAUGCCAUUUGCAUUCACAAUGACUCUUUGGAAUUGUCUUUUAUAGACGAAAAGUUGCACUUCCUAAGCAAUAGAAAUAUUAGGAUAAACCAUUUAAAUGGAAUGCUGGAAAGUAAAGAUGCUUCAACGAUUUACUAUUUUAAGCAACAUAUUAUUUUAAACUCGGAUCAACUCGAAUCUGCAUCAAAGAAAUAUGACUUAACCUUUAAUACUAUAAUGAGUUAAAUAAACUAAUUAUUAAAUUAAAAAAUGCCACAACACUUGUAAGUGAAAUUGUUGAAAUACCAAACCCACAUCUAAAAGUUGUCCGCAUAGCAAUCAUCAAUUCUGUAAUAGUAAAAUAAAAUGUUCAGACCUAAACGAUGUGAUUUUUGAAGUUAAAGCGGAAACUUUGGUGUUUGAACUUAAGAUGAUAAAUCAAUCGCCCAGCUACAGGAUAAGCAUUUAAAAAAAUAAUAAGGUAAGGUAUAUAUGGGUCGUUAUAUAAAAAAUUGUACAUCUUCG